AUGGCAAGAAGGGCGCUGUCCAAAUUGUCCUUUGAGCUUCCAGAAGACUUUUGUCCUUCUGAAUACGAUGUAGUUUGCAGCUGGGCGCGCCAGAACUUUACAUCAGCUGGCAACAAACGCCUGAGGGAAAUCAUUGUCAUCAACACGAGCGCAUACAAAAAGGCGAAAUCGAAAAUUGAAAAGGGGAAAAUCAUUGACGGCAUUGUGGACAAUGUUGUUGCAGCCUCGCCCUCCAAAACCGGAUUCGUCAAGCGCGAUAAAGGAAGUGGUAGAUGGAUGUUUAUUGGACUUGACAAAGCUAAGGAUAAGGUGGGGCAUGCCUUGCGUCAGGCAGCCAAGGAUCGGUUCAAGAAAUCCAAACAGGAUGCUGCUGCUGCUGCUGCUGAUUCUCCUUCUUGCGACAAUGUGGCGACUAAGGAAACCAAGCUGACCACGCAUUCCGCCUUGCCAACUAGAGUCAGUAUCGAUUCGGAAAACUAUGCGGCGAGAUCAGCUCAAUCCCAUCACUAUCAUCAUCAACAUCAGCAUCACGGUCUCCUUGUUCAUCAUCCUCACCACCACCCAUUAUCCAAUGCAGCUUGGUAUCCGCACGCCGCUUCCUAUCAUCAUCCUCCACCACCACUGCCACCACCAUCCAUGGAGUACUAUCAUCGAAACUAUCCUCACCAUUUGGAAGGUUCCGCACCGUAUGGCGUUCGACCAUGGGCACCGUUUUCCGAUCAAAGUAGGGAUUAUCCGGGCAAUGACGCAAUGGAAAAGGUGGAGCACGAUGCCAUGAGCGCCCCUGCUCAUGAUGGACGGAGUCUUUCUGCCUCGUCACUACCAUCGUUGCAUCAUGAAUCAUCAGCAUCACCACCUCAUGAGCAUCAACAUCAUCAACAUCGAGUCGAACAUCAUCAGCACCAUCAUCAAACACCACCAAUGCCAUAUCCACCACCACCAUAUUCAUACGGCACAAAUCGAGCACCUGAACACUUAUUGCCACGUCCAUCACCACCCACCGAAUCUUCUUCCUCCUCUUCCGUUGCUCCUCCGCGUGGCUCACCCACAUCGGUCAUUCGAGAGGCUUACACAAGCUACUGUAAUGUCAAGAUGAUGAUUCCACCAGAGGAUUCCGAAAGACAUCCCAUGGCGUACCAGCACCAGCACAGUCCUCAUGCCCAUGCGGCGGCUCCUUAUCCUCCUCAUCCACAUUAUUAUGGUCCUGCUGUAGUACCAUCGGGACCACCGGCAGUAUCACGAACUGCAUCACCAUCUGCCUCUGUUGGAACAGCACCCACCAGUAGUGCAGCUCAGAACGAUGCCUUUGUCGAUGGUGGUGCUGAUCACCGAGGAGAAGAACCAAUCAUGAAACACAAUAAGGAAGUUGCCACUGAACCACCGCAUCCAGACGAAUCAUCCAUCGUCUCUCAUUACCAGCAAUACAACCCACAGCAAUACUAUCAUCAUCCGGAACAACAUCAGCAUCAAAAUGAUCACGACCAUCAACAUCAACAUUGUUCGCGCACUGCAUCUCCAUAUGCUGCUACAUCUCCGCCUCCCAGAUCGCACUGA